CGCACCCACCUCGAUCUUGUCACGAUGCGUUGAGAGAUCAUUGUCCAGCUUGAGCAUGCGCUCGUCUAUUACACGACUACCAGCCAAAUGCCUCUGGCGAAGCGGUAGAACAGCCACGACGGCAACCCGCAACUACGCCGUCCAAGCUCCUGGAGCUCCAACGAUCGAAGUCUUCGAGAACCGGACGAAAUGGCUACAAAAGGAGCGAGCCGCGGCGAACGUCAGUCAAAGUCGUCAAGUGGACUACAUUCGCGAUGAAGUGGCCGCGCGACUCUGCGACCGUGUUCUCGACAUCAACCGGAACUUUCCCAAGGUGCUGGACUUCGGCGCCAAUGCCUGUAACAUUGCUCGCAUCCUCACGAGGCCAGACCCAGAUCCAGAAUCUGCAAAACCAUCGAUUGAACCCAUCAGCAAGAAGAUUGGGAGCAUAAUAUGUGCGGACACAAGUUCGGCGAUGCUGUACAGAGAUCAGGAUGAGCCGUUCAACAAGGAGAUCAACAUCACGCGAGAGGUGCUCCGAAGUCCUGAGUACGUACCACACGAGGCGAAUACCUUCGACCUGGCUCUAUCGUCUUUGUCAAUGCACUGGAUCAACGACCUACCGUCGGUGUUGGCGCAGAUCAACAACUGUCUCAAACCUGAUUCUCCCCUAAUCGCAGCCAUGAGUGGAGGAGACAGCUUGUUCGAGCUGCGAGGAUCACUGCAACUGGCAGAGCAAGAAAGACUUGGAGGGAUUGGCACACACAUUUCGCCCUUGGCAGACGUACGAGACGUGGGAAACCUUCUCUCGCGUGCUGGGUUCAAGUUGCUCACGGUUGAUGUCGAUGAUAUCAUAGUCGACUACCCCAACAUUUUCGCGCUCAUGUCCGACCUUCAGGCGAUGGGCGAGGCGAAUGCGGCACUGAGACGUGAGCCCGGAGGCAUUAGCAAGGACGUUCUGUUGGCGACAGAGUCCAUCUACAGAGAGAUGUACGGCGAGCAGCAGGAGGAUGGCUCGAUCACGAUUCCUGCCACGUUCCGAACGAUCUACAUGAUCGGCUGGAAGGAGAGUGCAGACACGCCGCAGCCGCUGGAGAGAGGUAGUGGAGAUGUCAACCUGAAGGAUCUGUUUGGUGGUGGCGGCGGCCAGUAA